CUGGAAAUCAUCAUUGUCAUUAUCAUCAAGUUCCAUUUGAGUCAGGGCUUCGAGAGGCUUAAAUCCUCUCUUGCAAAAGCCCGGGACAGAAACCCUGCUGUCUUGCGACAAUCAGUAGAAAAUUUUUACAUUCCAACUCCACAAGUCAUGUCUGGGCUUUUGGUGCAUUUGCAGAACUAAUAGAUAAUGCGUAUGAUCCAGAUGCACAAGCAUCUCAGAUACAUAUAGAUAGAAGAGUUAUUGAUGAGAAAACAUGUUUGCAGUUUUUAGAUGAUGGAGCUGGAAUGAACAAGGAAAAACUUUUAGAAAUGUUAAGUUUUGGUUAUUGUGAAAAAGAUGAAUUCAAUGACACAGACAACCAUAGGCCAGUUGGUUUAUAUGGGAAUGGUUUCAAGUCUGGUUCAAUGCGCUUAGGAAAAGAUGCCAUCGUUUUUACCAGACGACGUGAUACAGCAUGUAUAGGAUUACUAUCACAGACUUAUCUGGAUGAUAUAAAGUCAGACUCAGUAAUUGUGCCAAUUCUAGAGUAUUCUGCAUCUAAAGACUCUUUGCGAAGGAGUAGAGAUGUCAGUGAAAACAAUGUUGAUGCCAUUCUGAGAUAUUCACCAUUUAAAAGUGAGAAUGAACUUCAAGAAGAAUUAAAUUCUCUGAAGGAGUUUACUACUGGAACUAAAAUAAUUAUCUACAAUCUCAAGAAGUUACAGGAUGGAAGAGAAGAACUUGACUUUGAUAGUGACCGUAGUGACAUUCUGUGUCCAGUUUCUUACCUCAGAGACACUAGUGAUGCAGACUCUCGUCCUGUACAAUAUAUUCCUAACUAUAAAAAGUCUCUUAGAGAGUACUGCAGUAUUUUAUACUUAUGCCCCAAAAUGAAAAUAAAAAUUCAAAAUGAAUGGGUGAAGUCAAGGUAUAUAUCCAAGACACUGCACAAUACAGAACGACAACUGUACAGGCCAAAUUGGCUGGAAGAAAACAGAAAAAGCGUCAUGAUAAUACUAGGUCAAUCCUGUGAAAUAGACAGCAAAGAAAAUUAUGGCUUUUUGUUGUAUCAUAAAAAUAGAUUGAUUAAACCAUAUCUGAAAAUUGGAUGUCAAAAGCAGGCUAAUGAAAAAGGUGUUGGCAUUAUUGGUGUAGCAGAGCUAGACUUUUUAAUACCAACUCAUAACAAACAAGAUUUUGUUAGAGAUGAACAUUACAACACUGUGUUGAAUACACUAUCUUCUCGACUCAAUACAUAUUUAAGUGAUCAAAAUGAUGUGGCAGAUGUCCCUCUACCUGAUUGGACUUGGGCUCAAUGUGAGACCUGCCUUAAGUGGCGCCGCUUACCAAAAGAUAUAGAUCCAGCAUCACUACCAAAAUUGUGGUAUUGUCACAUGAAUCAGGAUGUUUACUACAAUCGUUGCUUUACUGAACAAGAACCAGAAGAAGAAACACCAAGGAAAAGCAAAAGAAAAAAGGGAAGCUCACAAUGUGGAGAGAGAGAAAAUGGUACAUCUUCAAAAAAACUAUUUUCAUCUCAGCCAGAAACCUUCCAAGAAAAUACAGAAAUUACAGUUGGUGGUCGAAACACAAGGUCAAAGGGGAAAAUAGCAAUGCCUCUUGAACCACCGCAACCUAAUCAUGAUGAUGAUGAUGAUGCUGGUGAUGAUGUUGCUAAUGGUCAAGAAAGCUCAUCAACUGUUAAGAUACCUAAUAGAAAAGUUGCUAAACGAAAACUUAAAAUUUCUGCGCCUAAAUCAAUUACUAAAAUGUCAAAUAUACAGAAAGAAUUGAGUAGUUCUAAAGGUUCUAGCACUAAUUUAUGUAGUUCUUCCAAUGGAAAGUCUCCCAAAAGAAAAAUCAUAUCUGCUGACAAAAAUUCAGAGCAGCCUCAGUCAUCUAAAAAUAUCGUUGUUAAUGGUGAUGAUUUACAAGCAACAGGCAUCAUUAAGAAAUUUACUCAGAGAAAUAUUAAGUCUUUACAAAAAUCAAGGAACAUUGAAACCCAGUCUCUGAAUGCUUCCCAAACUGUAAACACAAGAUCUUAUGUAGCAAAACCUUGUACCAAUGACACUGGCUUUAGUGAAACAGACAGCAACACUUUAGAUGAUUCACAAGGUAUGACACAAAAUACUGGUGAUGACACAGGCACAGAGACACAAGAACCAGAGGAGCAUGAUGUUGUUGUUGUUGAUGAUGAUGAUGACUUUGAUUUCAACAGUUUACCCUUAAAAUGUAGACCUAUAAUAAAAUCAGAGCCUGUGACUAGUGAAGAGACUAGUCCUAAGCAACCAGCUGAAACAGAGGAGAUGGAAAGAGUUGCAGGCAGCUUUGAAGAUAGCAGAGAAGAAAAAAGUGAAGACCUGACAGAAGUUUCAAGAGAUUCUUCCCAUGGAGAGAUAAAACUGACACCCUUUCACUACAAAGUUUACAGACUUUUAAAAUAUUUAGCCCCCUCUACAGAAUUUGGUGACACAUCUGAGGUGGAGGAUAUAGUUAAUAAGUUGCUGGAAAACUUUGAAAAUUCGGAGAAUAUGAACUAGAGUUCACUUAGCUUUAAACAUUUGUUUCAACUUCAAUACAGUCUAGAAUAUUUUUGUUAUGAAGAAAUUUAUUUAAAAAAAAACAUUUUUGAUAAAUGGUAAAAAUUUAAGGGAGAAAUUUUUAAAAAUUAUAGUUCAAAUUAGAAUUUUUUAUUUACAAAUGUAAAACAUAUUCACUCUUUAAAUGUAAUAUAGGUUGGUUGUUUUAUCCCCGAGAUUGUGUGAUCCUUGCUAGGAUACAUUCUAGUAGUCUAGAGCUUCUGAAUACAUCAAGAGCAGGACAUAAGUCUUGUUUUAAUUAAUUGUCUUCCGUUAAAAGAUAUUUCUUUUAGAUAUUUAAACAUUGUGCCUUUAUGAUCUUUUUUAAGAAGUAUUUAAUCUGAUUCAUUUAUUUUAAAGUGGUUCAUUUUUAUUUAUUUAAUGACAAAAAAUGGGUUUUUCUAAACAUAUUAUUUGCUUCUACUAUAAUUUGACCCAGUAUUAAAUGUUUUGGGCUCUAAUGUUGACUCUUUUUUUCUCAUCAUUAUGCCAUUUAUUUUGGACCUCUGCUGUUUUUAAUGAUUUGCUCAAAGUAAUGCCUUAAAGUCAUUCAUUCAUGAUCUGCCAUUUCCAAUGUCCCAUGUAGUAUUGUCUUUUGAAAAGACAGUUUAAUCUUGUCUAAUGUCCGUGUUAUUUAAUCUUAUAUGUUUCAAAUUCUUGCACAGAUAUUUUUUGAUGUUCCCAAUAUGAAAUCUCAUUGUUAUGGCAUUCUUUUUUUUUUUUUAAAGUUUGAAAUGUUGAAACUUUUUUGGAAAUCUUUUUUUUUUUUAAGUGUUAUUUAAAAGAGUAUGAAACAUUAAAUGAAAGCUGACAUACCAAGCAUGGUGGCUGAGUGGUUAAGAGCUUGGCUUCCGAACGUAGGGUCCUGGUUUCAAAUUUCGGUGUAGACUGGGAUUUUGAAUUUCAAGAUCUUUAGGGUGCGUCUGAGUUCACCCAACUCUAAUGGGUACCUGACUUUAGUUGGGGAAAGUAAAGGUGGUUGGUCUUUGUGCUGGCCAUUGUAUAGGUCAAAGAAACAGAUGACCUUAACAUCAUUUGCCCUACAGAUUGCAAGGUCUGGAAGUGAAACUUUACUUUUUUACAUACCAGGGACCAAUUGUCUCUUUUGUUCCUAGAAAUGUUUUGUUGUCAUGCCCAAUGGUCUUGAUAUUGCUUUCAGAUGGAGUUGAGAUGUUCUGGCCUCAUUUUGUUUUAUAGUUGGCAAGAGUAGACCUCUUCAAAUUGUGUUGUUAUUACCUGUAUGUCAGCCAUUAUACCAAUAGAUUUUCACUCGUUUUUUUUUUCUGCUGAUUUCUCAACUAAAUGCUGACAAUUUCCUCUAGAUCUUUAAGUUCAUAAUUGCCUACUUUGCUGCCUAUGUUAUAAUGGUUUGUGGUCAUUCUUUCAGUGAUAUUGGAAACAUAAAUCUAUCAUAUUAUGGCCAUAGAAAUAAUAUUGUUACUCCUACCAUUGGUAAGGCUAUUUAUUCAUGCAAAUUGAUUUUUUAUUUUGCUUCUAUAAGUUUUAGUUUUUUUUAAAUUGUCCUGUACAAUGUGCAAUAUUUACUCUCUUAUAUUAGAGUGUUACAGAGAAAUAAAAAAAAAAUAUAAAGAAAACCCCACAAGACCAAAAAUUAAGACAAAGAGCUUUGUCUUGAGGAUUUCCACUAUCUAUGUUUCUUGUAUCUAUUUAUUUAUUUAUCACUGUUGAAGAAAAUAUGUAUAGGCCUAUGUUAGAUUGGGAAUAUAGUUAUUUUGAAGAAAUAUUUCAAUUCAGAAUUAGAUUCGUUCUGUUUUUUAAGGAUAAAAUUGUGUGCUUAAGAGAUUUAAAUUCCUAUAAUUGUGAACCUUUAUUAAACAAACCACUUUUAAUUUAGAUUGUAUGCAACUAGACAAAAAAGUUGAUGAAAGGAAUAUUUUCUACUCAUCAUUUUUAUUUAAUAAAUUUAUCUAUCAACAUUGCAUUUUGAUAUUGUUCUGAUUUUACUUGAAAUAUACAACACUGGUAUAUAUUGCAUAUAUUCAGAUUUGCCCCUCUGUGUCGAGAGAGAGAGAGAGUGAGUGGUUGUACUUAGAAGGUUUUCAAUUCACUGGUGUGCCUACUGGGAACUCUUGCAACUGAGUAUGUCAUGUCUAGUAUUUCUUACAAUAACACAAGAAAUGUCAAAGGGUGAGGAGGGGGGAGCAAUAACAAAAAGUCAACUUUUAAUGUUUCAAAAAAGUUGUAAUGUGAUUCCUUAUUCAAUAAUUAUUCAUUAGUGUACCACUAACUGGCUCCAAUUUGUCUCCUUUACCCAUUCUGUUAUUGUUGACUUUCUGGGACCAACAUCUGAGCUACUUUAGACUGGUUGUCACCAUUCCAUUUCAUAGGCAGUGGAUUGUUGAUAACCACACAACCAUUUUCGGUACUUACUAGGUUACUGAACGAUAUUAUUUGAUUAAUAUAUGUGGCGAAACAAUGGCGGAAGUUUUUUUUUUUCUUGAUUUAUUUAAUGAUCAUUGAAUGAGCAUCUGUGUACCACUACGUAUUUUUUGUUCUUUUAUUUUACACUUGGCAAUAUAGGCUGUGUUUUUUAUUAAGAGAAUGUGUUCUCAGUUCUGUUUACAUUGUAUACAUUCAACUUAUAAUCGCUUAGCUUAAUUUACAUCUUUCAACUGUUGUAUUUCAUAGAUCAUAUUGGAAAGGUCUAUAUCAUGUACACAAUAAAUAUAAGGACAUACGUACUUACAAGAAAUCUA